CAUCGUGACUUUCAGGCAGGUCAUAAACUCCUGCCUGUCGCACGCGCUACUUGCGACAGCUCGCUUGUCGCAUGAUGUCUCAGAUCUGUCCACGGGCGUCGCAAAGCUGCCUUGCUGCGACGUCCUCUGUCUUUCGCAGGAUCGCUCAUCUUACUGCUCUUAUCCUCGUCCUGUCGCCCGUCGCCGCAUCUGUCGGACACCCUAACGCCCGUCGCAGAGCUGUCGCCCAUCGUUUCUGGAUUAAUGACCUCAGUGGCGACUUAGUGUCGCUUAGCGAUGAACCAGUCACCGCGUCAGACGCAGCACUCGCAGAUCGCACGGAGCACACACGUCGCACGGGUCGCACAGAUCGUUCAGAUCGCACGGAUCGCAGAGGUCGCUGCAAGUGCUUUCAGAUCCGACCGACUCGAAGCGUCGCACAGCACGCGAAGCACGUGGCUGGCCUAAUCCGCGAUAAUCGAUCCACCGCAGCCGCGAAUCCGGCCUUCGCGAAUCCGGCCUUCGCGAAUCCUCUGAAUUAUCAUAUGGCACCUGUCGCGAUGUCGCCGCGCGUCGAAAGAAGAUUCCAAGGACGCACGAAGCGACGAUGCGACGACAUGAGGAGGGUGUCUCGAGCUGUCCACGUGGACCAGCAGUCAGUACGGUGCUGACCUGGACUGAGCUGUGCCGAGCUGGCACUGAUAGUUCGUGCUGUUCCGUCGUGUCCGGGAUAGUUUCCGAGAUUUUCCAAGGACGGCUAUAAAUGACAGUACAGUACCGGAUACCGGUUCAUAUCUGUCAGGGGUGCUGAGCUGGCAUAGAUCGCACGCCAGUCGAUCUGUCACUGACUGCUGAACUGUCAGUAGCUGCUGAGCUGUACGUGCUGCGCUGGCGUUACGACAUCUUGACAUCCCGAGCGUCCGUGGAACCAUCAGCCAGCUGAGAGCACAAGCAGGCCUCUAGUGACCUCGUAAGGUGUCCCUGAGUCACGCUUACGCGAAGCGCUCUUGGAUCGGGUCGUCUGCGCGUGGUACGGAGCUGAUGUCCGAAAGUCCGCGUUGCCCGGACGCCGGUCACGCUCUCCCUCUGCUGGCUCGCGCGGCUUGGCUUGGCAUAGAGAAUCCACAGGUCCACGCAACGGUCCGCGACAUCACGCAAUAAACCAGGUCGUCUGUCGGCCGUCGAUCUAUUGGCUUCUGAUUGGUUACUGACGUUCCGCACCCUCUCCGUCGUUUCGUGGCGGUGCAGUCAGACGAGCGGCCCUAGGGAUUGCCGAGCCCUACUUAGACAUCAUCGGAGCCGAGUCAUUGGAGGAGCCUUGCCGAUGCAAAUCGCGCUCUUCGUUACGACCAUUAGUACGGCGCUGGCAGUUCCGUGUGCGUGUCAGCUUCCUCACCCGCUUGUGCGUCCCGCGUCACUGCCUGCCGGGUCCACGACGACGAAGCGUAUGACACUGUUGCGUGCGUGACAAGGGACGGGGGGAGAGGCGAGACAACGAGACCACGGGACAGGAGCAGCGAGACAAGGGCGAAGGGACGAGGGACAGGAGCAGCGAGGCAGGAAGCAGCGGCGUGGCUGACAGGUGCAGCCCCCUGGAAGAAACAUCCCGUGGUGCCAGAAUCUGCGCUUGAUUCCUCGGAACCUGACCGUUUCUGCAGGAGCGGGCCGUUCCUCUAGUUGCGCCCGUCCCUGGGGAUUUACGGGCACCACAAGUAGCCGCUAGCCGCUAACCACUCGCUAGCUGGCCAAUUUUCCAGCCGGCUAAAUUUCUGUGGUUUACAAGGUACGGUAGCAGCUGCUGUGGAUCGAGUCGGGGUUUUGAACAGGGGUUUGGCGAGACAGGCGAGUCGGAAGCAGGGAGAGAGGGGGGAGAGGAGGCAAAAGGGUGAGUUUGAGGAAAGGGAGGGGCGAGGUGUGGUCGAUUAUAUGUAGGUUGAUCGUUCACUCGCUUCUCUGUUCGAGUCCUACAUUUCUUACCCGGCUUUCCUCAGCGCCAUUCAGCAGCUGCGCCCGUUUCUGCGCUUGCCGGUGCUUACCUCGUUUCUCUCCUCGUUAAACACCAGCAGCUCUAACCCACCCACCACGGUAUCCUGCUUCUUAAAGCCUGUAUAGCCUGCAAGGCGCGGCCAUACGACUGUCCUUUCUCCUUCCUCUGGCCGCAAGAGUCGCCAGCAUGCAACUCUUUGGAGCUCGUUUGAGUGACCAGAGUCAACCGAGUCAACAGAGUCAACACGGCCUGCCGAGCCAGCACGAUUACCACAACCUCCACUCCCAGCAGCACCACUCGCUGCAGCAGGAGUACCAGCAGCACUCUCACCACCAGCGGCAGCAGCAGCAGCAGCAGCAGAACAGCUACAGAGGCAACAGGUGCAAUGGUGUGGCAGUGGCCACAUCCCCUGCCCUGCAGGGUGCUUACCGCUCCAGAAUCGUGUUGGAGCGCCUUCACCGUCAGCACCCCCUGCCGCAGCUCUCCCAGCAGCAGCACUCCCAGCAGCAGCACUCCCAGCAGCAGCACUCCCAGCAGCGCCCCCAGCAGCAGCACUCCCAGCAGCAGCACUGCUGCAGCCGCAGCCGCGACUGGGGAGGCAGGGAGAGCAGGUGUUCUGGCAGGUGCCAUGGCACGGACGGUGGCGAGAAUGCAAGUGCGCUGCUGUGGCUGCUGGGGAGAGCGGUCGAGGAGGGAGGGGGGGAGGAGGGAGACGAUCAGGCGGAAGGGAAGAGUGCUAGGGACGGAGUGUGCUGCUGUGGGUUGAAGGGUGGGAGAGAUGCGGAUCCACGUGGCACCUCUAUUGUGCGUGAACACUCAGCCUUGAGACACUCGGCCUUGGCACAUUCGCCCUUGAGUUACUCAGCCAAGCGUUCUUCCGCAGAGCUCUCGCCCUUGAAGCCCUCGCACUCGUCUGUGGAGCCCUAUGCUACUAACGAGGCUGCUACUAACGAGGAGAGAAGAGCAUGCGCAGUCAACCCCAACCCAGAUUCAGCUACAGCUGCUGCUACAGAAACAGGCGGACUGUGCACGGAUAUUGGCCUGGCUCUGCUCCCAACGCCCCCCCCACCUGCCCAAACGCUAUUCCGCCUGCAGACCAUGGCUGGUGGCGGCAGCACAGAUGGCUGUGGGCGGGAGGGUGCGGGCGGCAAGAGGAAUGACAUGAUGAUCUACGCGUCUCCACAGAAAGACCGUUCCUCUUCUUUCCUCCGCCCUGCUCGUGCUCCUGCUGCCACCAUUUCCCCUGUCCUCCUCCUGCCACCCCUUCGCUCCCCUCUGCCCCCCGCUGCUCCCACCCUUUCCCCCCCUUCGCCCAACCUCUCCCCCGUCUCCCCUCUCGCCCUGCCUGGCCCUGCUUCCUGUUCUCCCUCCCCUGCUCCUCUCUCCCCUCGUGCUGCUCCCCUCGCUCCCCUCUCCCCUUCCCAACCCCCCUCUGGCUACCCGUGCCGCGUGUGCGGAGCCCUCUUUGCCUCGGGGCCGGCCCUGGGGGGGCACAUGAGGAGGCACCUCAGUGGGGGGUUCGAGGGAGGGGGGAAGGGGGAGGGGGGGAGAUGGCUGGAGGAGCAAGGGCACUGGGAGAAGCACCAACACUCGGGGGCAGGAAGGAUGGGAAGGGAAGGAAGGGUGGGAAGGGAAGGAGGAGGAGCGAGUCUGAGCGGAAGGGAGCAGCAGCACAUGGGCUGUGAGUGGAGGGGCAGAGUGGGUGCGGCACCAGGGAACAUGCCACUGCCUCACGACAAUUGUCAACUUCUGCAGCACCGGAGUGCAGAUGCCGACCGCAUGUCCAUGCUGGCACGGGGCGUGGGUGCUGCUUGUGGCGUUCGUCCCGCCGCACACUCUAGCAGACCUUCGCUUGUGCUGGCUAGGGGGGUCUCCUUGGCACGUGCUGACAUGGCAUGUGAGCAGAAGCAGCAGCAACAGCGAGUGAGUGCCAUGCUGAGCCAGGUGCAGAUGGCGCAAUGGAAGAGGCCCUAUGUGGAUGCAAUGCGAUGGAGGGAUGGCAAUAAGCACAUGGAUGAGAGGGAGGAAGAAGCCGAGGAGAGGUGUAAGAGACGUGUAUUAUUGCCCUUCGCCCCACUUGCAUUGCCCCAACUCACUUCCUCACAAGGUGGAUCAGUCAAAGGAGCUCCCACGAAGCAAGGCUCAUCAGCUGCUGCUUUUGUUUCACUAGAGGGUGCACAUAGCUUGCCGGCCAUACAACAAAGGACUAAUCACGACGUGCAAUCCUCUUGCAAGGCCCCAGCCAAGGCAGCAGCCACUGGAGAUAUUGACCUCUCGUUACAUCUUUGAGCUAGUUUCUGUAACUUGUACUAACUACGAACUUAAAGAUUAUUUGCAUUCACG